UCCUGCCCCGUUUUGCUCACAGCUGGGUGAUGACGUCAGAGUCAGCUGUUCUCUAUGCAGCGAGCUGCGCGCGCAUUCAAUGAUUCAGCAGAUUCGGCAGUCGGCAGACCUUCGACGUCUCCAAACACCGGGUUCGUGCGGACGCGGACUUCUGUCCGACCCGGUUCUGCUCGCUUGACCGUUUCCGCAGGAGGCCCGGGAGGUGUUUUUGGAGUCUGGCCCGCAGGCCGGAUCCCGCCUCCGGUCGUCGGUCCUGGUUCUUCUGACGGACCGUGCCCGGUUUCCUGAUGCCCGCGUUCCUGACAGCUUCUCUGGCCCUGGGUCGUGAUGUGGAUGUGGGCGGAGUCUGAUGUCAAAUCUCCUCUCUGAGCCUCCCACCAUGCCCACUAUGGUUUCUAGACUUCCAAAGUUUGGCUCGCGGCCCAAACUUGAUACGACGCCAGCCUCUUUGUCCAACAGCAGCACCCAGCUGACCAAUGGAUUCUACCACCAUCCUGGACCUGCAGUGGUGAACAGCACCACCACCGCCGUGUCCCCUUCCACAGCUAAACUGAAUGGCUUCAUCAGAAUGCCAAGCUCCUUUUCCACAAAGUGGCGGAAGGGUGAGGAAAAUGUCAAGGAUAAAGGCGUGGGUGGAGAGACGGGGUGGGGGAGAGGAAAAGGGGGCCAUGCUGUUCAGAGAUGUGGCAGUGUUCAGGGAUCCCAAGUUACGCUGCAGAACAACACCAAAAACUCUGCGUCAUCAGGGAAGGGGCAGGGCCAGACAGUGACCCGGUCCUCUCAGCUUCCACAGUCCAGCAUCAGACCACCGGCAUCUAAAACUGGAUACUGGAACUUCAAAUCAAAUCCAUCCAGACUGACCAAAGGCACAAAGCAGGCCUUGAACUCUACCCCAGGAUCCAAACCCCAAACUGAUGCACACUCUUCUCUGAGGCGGCCCCGAAGUUUUGUUUCUGCUGUGAGUUCAGGACAUCUGUCUGGUUCCAACCUCCAAAAGAAGCCAGCGGCCAGCCGCUCUCGCUCCACCGAGAGUCUGGGAUAUGUUCCAUUUCUGCGGCUAUCAGAGGAGAACCGUUUCCAGUCACGCAGUCUGACCCAGGUCCGGCAGCAGCCGUCUCCCACCCACACUCUGUCGUCUGCCUCGUCCUCAUCGCUCCCUCGCUCCCCCAGUGUCACCCGCUCUUACUCCACCAACAGGCCUGCACAUCGGGGAACUCUGUCUUCAUCUGAACAGGCCCCGCCCAGAGGCAGCCCGUUGAAAUCUCCUGCAGGUAGCCCCACAGGUAGACCGAAAAGCACCGGAGUUCACACUUGUGUCGACUUAGGAAAGGUUGGGGUUGGCAACCAUUCCCCGUCUGUCUCCCCAGGCCUAAAGAAAACCCUCCUGCCUAAGUUUAACCCUGCUCCCAAACACAACGGUUUGAGCUAUAAACUGUCCCGUCCAUCUCUGCUAAAGCAGCCCCGCUCCCUGAGAGGGACCCCAACCGGUGAGCUCAGAGGGUCCCAAGAACUGAAACAAGGACCCAAUAGACAGAGGAGUGCAGUGGGGAUGUCGUCAACAUCUGACAACAGUCCAGAGAAAAAAACAACAUCCAAAGAGGCAGGAGAGCAGUCGGUGGAUCCUGUUGAAGAGUCGUUGGUGGGUGAGACGCUUGAGGAUAUAUCGCUGCUCUCCACUUUGUCUCUAGAUAGAAAUGACAUCUGCCAGGAGUACAUGGAGGAUUUGGACAACCUCGGAAAUGGAAAAAUGGACCUUCUUUUGUCCUCAUCUAAAAACUAUGAAGAUGACUCUGGGCUCGACCAGUCGUGCACUGGGUUUGAGGAAGAUUCUGUGGUCAAAGAAAGCAACAUUGAAACAGAGCUCUGCUUUCUGGAAAACGGGAUGAACUGGACAGCUGUUGGUGGUGAACAAAGAGACGUAAACCAAGUUUCCCAUCGGAGAAGAUCCAGCCAGCCAGACUACCACGACCAGAUGGAGUUGUCCCUGGACCUUUCCUCUUCUGAUAGCUGCGGCUCUGGAGGGACCUACAUGUGGGACGAGGAGGGUCUGGAGCCACUGGGGGUCCCCUCAGCUCCAUCCAUCAACGCCAACAGCAGCACCACCCACCACAUCGGAAGCUGUGGCUCCAACGUCAGCAGCAUUGACAUCUUGAAUAACCUGGACUCCUGCGAUCUGGGUGACGAUGACCUCAUGCUCGAUUCAGACUUCCCAGAAGACGCCUCUUUAAGUGAUGAAGACGGUUUGUCCCACAUGGCUACGUGGAUGAGGAGGCAGCUCUGCUGGGGGGCACAGGACAGCCACAAUGACAACCAGAGUGAUUUCCAAAGCUGCAAACUAACAGAAGAUCCGGGCAAUAAAAGAACAGCUGAGAACAAGGACUGUGACAUCAUCCUGGACCUCUGUCCCACCAGUUUGGGUGUGGAUGUGGAGGAAUUGGCUGAAGACUGCUCUGCUGUGAGAUCACAGCUGGAGUUCCUGCAGAGAUUACUGCUGCAGGAGGAAGACGUGGAAGAAGACACUCUAACCACAGACACUGUGAGUCCAGAGCCCAACGACUCGUCCUGCAGCUCCGACUCGCAGGUCCAGGCUCUUUUACAGGAAGUACAGCAGCUCCGGGAGGAACUGAAGAGCCAGGAUCAGACCAUCGCUCAGCUCACCCUGCAGCUGACCACUGGGUGUCGGUGCAGAGAGGAGACAGAAAAGGUGGAUCAGCACACACAGACGAGUGCGAGGCAGACAGAAAGUGUGGCCUUACAGACACCAUGGGGAGAGAGCAAGGUGACGACACAACUGCCUCACACCUACAAUUCUCAGAUACUUGACUUCUCCAGCCUCAACACCCAGGAAGCACUGACUGCACCAACCCAUACUCUGCCUCCAGGUAACCCCACCCAGCCUUCUCCCCCAUCAGACAAACUCCUCAACUCCUCCCACUCCCACCAAACCAGCCAGAGACGAGGACACACCAGAAAAACACGCAUGAAGGAGCAGUCGGGUCAAUCCUCCAGCAAAGUCCUGCAACAGCCCUCCAAGCUCCAACUCUUUCUUCCCAACACCUCCAGCUCUGCUCACACCUCUCCGAAAUCCAGAGUUCCCAAGCAGCUGUUUGACCCCCAGAAAAACACGUCGAAGCUCAAAGCGAUGGCCUUCACCUCCAGGUCAUCCAUCCCACCUCCCCAAACCAAAGAGGCAUCGAGGAGUCGGCAAGCUCCUCCCUCCUGCUCGCCUCCCGGCUCUUCACGUCUCUGAAGAUUAAAAACAGACUGCAAGAAAGAAACGGGGAUCUGUGCCUUCUGUUUGGAAGAUCUUCCUGCUUCAGCCGAGUCCUCCCUGUUCUCACGCCCACACUCACUGCAGUUCUUAACUUUUUCAUUCAUUAAAAGUGUUUCCUAGAAAUUUCUGACAUCUGCUGCUGAUGUUUUGUUCAGGAAAUGAUAUUUAUCCAACUGCAGGUGAAAUCUUUGCAUUCUGCCUUCUGCUGCAUUUACCAGAAAAUUUGCAAAGAGCUUCAGCUUUACCAUCUAAAGCGGCAGGGAACCCCUCCAGCUCAGAUCCAGGUCGGCUGGAGCUUUAUCCUUUAACUUUAGAGACACCAGAUUCAACCAGUGUUUCUCCUUUUUUAGUUGUAAGCUUCAACAACUUACAUUUGUCCCAGUCUGCAGCGACACAGUAUGACAUUAUUCAGAGUUCACAAAGGACUGAUGUUCAAGAUUUUUCACUUAAAAAAAGCAAGCUGAGGAUCUAAACUUAUGGUUUAUCUGAGAGCUCUUUUUUUUUUUUUUUUUUAAGUAUUAUAGCAUUAUAACCAAGUUAUCAUUAUGUCAUAGUUACCACCAAUAAAUGAUUAAACUGAUGCAUCAAAUGCACCAAAAACCUCCCAAAAAAGCUCUGGGAUUUUGACACUAAAAGUCCACAAUUAUAAAAUCAGUCAAAACUAGACUUGCUUUCAUGCUCACAAAAAAACUUCAAACUUAAAAACAAACUGCAGUCUUUGAGUCCAAUCGUUUAUCCGUCCAUGACAUUCAGAAGUCCCACUGUAAUCUUUAUAACUGUGUAUGCAAUAAAAUCCACCACAAACUCCUAAAGCCGUCCCUACAGAGUAAACCAGAUGAGACUACUGAGAAUAAGCAAAGAAAUGAUUCAAAAACACUUUUUCUGUAGGAAAACUAAAAAAAGAACAGCUAAGAAACUACAUUUUUGUCAUUACCUCUCAGUAGUCUUCUUUUGUCUUUUUAUUUGUCUAAAACAGUUUCAGAAGAAGCUCUUUGUCAGAACACAGUGGUGUGAAAAGCAGACUCAGAAUUCCAAUUUUCAGAAUUUACACAUUUCUGAUCUGACUGUUGACCUCCAGGUGACCCUCGGAAACGACGACUGUUGGUCAAAUAUCAAAAAUAGGACGACAUAUUUGCUGGCAAAGAGAAAAGAAGAGUAUAGAACUUAUACACGUUCUAGAUUUCCUUGAUUUGAGUGAAAAAAAGUAUAAAUUUACAUUUAAAUGAAUGUUAAAUCUUGUGGUUUGAGUUCAUAGUUUAUUUAUUUUGUUUGUUUUAAAAUGUAAAUUUUACUGUCGUGUCAUCUGUUGAGCUUCUUGAACAUUUUUGUUGUUGUGAAAAUGCUUUUAGUUUGAAAAGUAUAACAUUUCCUGUCUGCCUUUUUAACCCUUUAACACCUGGGGCGUCGCCGGUGAAACUUAAACACAAACUAUUUAACAUACGGAUAUCCAUUUAACACGAUCGUUCCAGUAGAUUGUUAAGGAGAAAAGUGACUCGUCGAGCCGCUUUUAUCCUUAACAAUCUACUGGAAUGAUGGUGUUAGCGGUUAAUAAGUUACAUUAAAUCAAAGAACAUAAACACUGGAGCUCCAGUGUUAAAAGGUUAACUUGAUUUUAUGAAUAAUUUUUGUGCAAUAUCUGAAAAAAAGUUAAUGCUGCUGUAUUGAUUCUUGUUUAUGAUAAACUACUGUCAUUCCAGUGGUUCAGUUGGAUUCACUGAAUGGAUCAAUAUAUGUUUUUUUUGUCUUAAUGAUCUCAUUUUGAAUGCACUUUAAAGCCCCCAAACAGACGUUUCACCUGCUGAGUUCACAUUGGGAUGUCUCUGAGGGUCAAUGCCACAAUAACAUUAUUAACCCUUAUUAAAUUAUUAUUUUUGAAUAUUGUUAAACAUUUUAGCCAGUGAUGGCUUAAAUAUGAAAGCAGCUUUGGUUUACUGUUUAGGUUUUAAGUCAGACUCUGUAAGAGUUCACUGGAGCUGUUCAUCGAUGCUUGUCUGCGGUUGGCUGAGACGUGUCUGACCAAUAAAAAUACAUGAAAAAA